AUGUCGCUCGCUAUUCUGUCGUCGCUGCUUUUUUUCGUCGAUGUAUUAGCACAGCAGUACGAAAAGGACUACUCUCCUUUAUUAGACCAAAACACUUCACCUACAAAUCCUGGAAUCUACUUGCGGCUUAUGCCUACAGGAUUGGCUUAUAUGCGUGAGAUUGGUAUGAAAGUGGUGAAUGACCAGAUCCUCAAGCUGUCCUUGCCAACCAUUCGGGAGAGAAUUGAACAAGGCGAGGUCGCUAUAUACGGCGCUCACAUUUCUAAGUACUGGCCACCACAAGAGUAUUCUUUGGAUCUCAUCGAGCCGAACACAUUUCAGUGGAGUAUGUCAAAAAUGCAUAUACGAGCCGCUGGUGAAUUCCAGGCUUCUCUUACGAAUCCACUGCUCUUGUCCGUGCCGAUCACCGGCUAUUUCGAAGCUCUACUGGGUCACGUAGCUCUAACAAUUUCUGUACAAAUGCAGAGCAAUUACGGUUCUCCACAAGUACGAUCAGCUCUGUGCCAAUCGAGUAUCGGCUAUGUGGAUUUAAACGUCAGAAACACUGGUGUUAUCACUGAUUUUUUCAUCAAUGCGUUCAAAGCAUUCCUCAUUGCUCAUUUCAAGCCACAGGUAGAGCAAAGAAUGUGCAAAAUGAUCGAAACAAUAAUUAAUCAAGAUAUGAAUCGCCUCCUUACAACUAUGCCCUUGAAGGUGAGAAUCAACGAGAACAACCUGGAUAUCAUCGGUCAGACAUUUGGGAUUGCGAGGCCAAAAAGCAAGCUCGGUCAGCAAGCUUUGAAGAACUUUACCUUGAUCCACUUCGUUCAAAAUCUUCGAGAACAAAAUCUUCUGCUUGACUACCAACUCACGACUGAUCCGUUUGUUCAAAAUGGCGCCAUCUCCAUGCUGUCCAAGGGUGAGAUUUCAUGGAGAGGGAACGGUGGCACUCCCUUUCACCCUCCAAACAUCCGAGUGCCCCUCCCACAUGGAGUGCAUAUGGUGGAAUUCCUAGCGACGGACUACCUCGCAAAUUCUAUGCUAUAUCAUGCAUACAAACAGCAUUUGAUGGAUGUAGUCGUUGGUCCAGAGAGCAGCCCUCAGCUAAAGGAUUUGCUUCAUACUACUUGCGCAAGUGGAUUCUGCAUUGGAGAGUUCCUUGGUGCGCUCGGUGACCAAUACCCUAACCGACAAGUCGAAGUGGUAUUCACUGCUAGAAAAGCUCCGCUGAUAGUAUUUGUUGAAAACCGUGCACGGUUUCGGCUUCAUGGCAGGAUGAAUAUGUUUGUGAGACCGAACAACGCGAAACAAACAAAGGACAUGAUUAUUCGCUCAGAUACAACUAUGACUGCGAACGUGCUCAUGUGGAUAAAUGGUACUAGGAUUGUUGGAAACGCAACUAUAGAGAACUUGGACUUCAAAUUGUUAGAAACGAAGAUCAACGACGUUGACCAAGCAUCAUUUGGAGACCUUGGACUUUUUGGAGCUGAGUUUUUGGAGAAGUUACUGACUGAGAUAUUGCAGCUUGGAAUAACAAUGCCGACUAUGCUAGGGGUGCAGUUGAAAAGCCCUCGAUUGACGUUCCACGAAAGAUACCUCCGGGUGCAGACCUAUUUCAAACUGGACGAAAAUUUCACUGGCGAUCUCGUUCAAACCGCUGUCCGACAAACGCUGAGUCACGUUGGCUGACGGUAGAACCUAUUCAUUUCUUGCUUAGAUGAUAAUUAGAUAUAUUGUUUUGUUUAUACAAAGAUGUUCUGUGUACAUAUGAGAAAUUUACUGAAAUGCUAAUAUUGUGUGUAUAUUUCAGAGCAUGCUCCACGUACAGUAAUAUAGAAGUAAGAAUAGGUCCUGUCGCUAAUUGCUUUCAUUGCAAUAGAUUCAAAAAUUGUCUGAUCAACUAGGAAGCGUGCCUGAAUUGUCUCGGCCACUGUUUCAAUCAAUUACGGGCAAGUUUCCA